AUGUUUUCUCCUGAAGACUACAUUCGGGUUAUGAAGUCCUGUAGAAAGAUGCGUUCCAUUGAGGUGGUGAGCAUAGAAAAAAAAGACUUUGUUAGUACCAAGAAGCUUGACAAGGAAAUAACUAAUAGAAAAAAGAGCUGUGAAGAGGAAAAGAUCAGCUGGUUGAAAAUUAAAGAAAUUAAGCUAUUAAAAGAGAAGCCUUUUUUUAUCAAAACAACCCACGACGCCACUGAUAACUAUAAAGAAAUUGAUAUUAAAAAAGGAAAACAAACAAUGCUAUUCUCUCGGCAUUUGCAACCUCUUUGGCCCAACGGAAAGCCUGUAGCAGAAGCUAAAGUUAAGGGUAUCAAGAGCUACUUAAACCUCAUUCCUCCGGCAGAUCAUCCUUUUUAUGUAAACCUUACUGGUGACGAUACAAUCAAGGAAUAUACGGAAGGGUAUAAUGCAGAGCUGGAUUUCCAAAUACAAGGGGAUUGA